UAAUGGUGUGUUCCUGUGGCGUAUUUUGAGGACAAGGGCAAGCUCUUCUUCUGGAAACUCAGUGUUGUUUUCACACGUGAGAGACAGAAAUGGCGAGGUUUUUGAGGCCCAACAUCAGGACUUUUGUCACAUCACAGCUUAGAAUGUCCUCCGACCAGUUGGGUGAGCUGGGUAAAGGUGCAGGAAAAGGUGGUGGUGCUGGAGGGUCCAUCAGAGAGGCAGGUGGAUCCAUGGGGAAGAAACAGGCUGCUGAGGAGGAGAUGUACUUCAAGCGUAAGGAGCAGGAACAGCUGGCUGCGUUGAAGCAGCAUCACCAGGAGGAAAUUGAACACCACAAAAAGGAGAUUGAACGUAUGCAGCGCGAGAUUGACCGCCACAAGGGAAAGAUCAGGAAGCUUAAGCACGACGACUGAGUGUAACCUACCAAAUAAAAAAGUUCCAGUUCUCUCACCGACACAGCCAAACACCUUCACUAUUUACUCAGAUUGCUGCAUGCACUGUCAUCGGGCCAGUCAUGAAUGUGUGGUUGAUUGUACUGUAAAUGCAUGAUGUUAUUAAAACUGUUUAAUAAAAGAUUAUUGUUUCCAUUGCAUGUUGUGAGACAAGUUGUACAAAUGUUUUCGAGAAACUUAAGAAUCUCCAAUGGGUACAUCAACCUAUUUUCUUGUGUGAUGUAUAAAUAAAUGCAUAUUGUAAAGGCAAA